UAUUUGAGCAAUGAUCCAAUCAGCUUCUAUGUUAUUGUCAGACAUGGAUGCAAUAACCUUGUCAGCAUCCUGUUUCCGUUCAGAAAAAUGGAUAUCUACAAGAUGACAGACAAUGUGUGGAGCUGAAAGGGUCCAGGGAUGAGGCAUGUGGUCAAUGAUAUUUUCUGGCAUUUGAAAAAGCAGGUUGUCUUGACUUUGACGGCUUUGUUCCAUAGCCAAAACACAAGCAAGCGCAUCGAAUUUCCAAGUCAAUUAUUGAGUGGUUGCCUGUUUUUAACAACUGUGGUACAAGGGUUCAUUUCAGUUUGACUUGUCAAAGCAGUUCCAUGUAAUUCAACUAUUUCUUGGGAAACUCUUAAUUGUUUUGCAAAUAUUACGCCAAGAGCAUGACUUUGGUUUUGAAUUUUGCGAGUAUUAUUGUUCUUAUUUUCCAAUGGAAUCAUAGAGUGAGGCCCUCGAAUCCUGACCUCGACGCAAAACAAAUGACUAGGAAUAGGAUAAGGCAGAAAAUGGAUGCCCAUGAGCAUUGGCUCUAUCAUUGGUACUAUGGCUGGUAUCCCUCACAAUUUUUAAUCCUUUUUGGAUAUUCGAUCAAUAGCACAUGAGACUGCACAUGAUAUAGAUUCCUUAGCCUGUCUUACACAUUAUUACUUUGAUACUCUCUAAAAUAUCCUUGACCUUGCGUCUCUUACUUUAAUGCUGUGUAGCAGUGGCCAGUGGACGAAAUGGAGGUCUUACACUUGGCAACAGUCCAAAAGAUCAGUACCUUGUCAGGCAAGUUGUAGUGACAAUGGCAGAGUAUAGAGACAGCCCAUUUUUGUCUCAAUCUUCAACGUCAAGUCAACCACCGUGUCAGGGAUCCCAAAAUCAUGGCUACAAUAAUCAAUAACUGAAUUUUAAGUAGUUUACACCCAAAAAAAAGACCUGUGAGAAACAAGGAAACAAGGCAAUGAGUUCCAUAGCGGAACAAGGUGAUGAGCUCCAACAUAGAACCUACUGGAGAUGGGGCAAAGAUGAAUUCUUACCAGAAGAAUCAUUCCAAAAUUGGAACACUUAUCGAUCAGCUCUAUCACAGAUAUGUUUCCGAUUCAAGGACCGUCUUAUAAGCCGCUCUGAUGAUGCCAAUGAGAUAGCAGAACUUCGAAAACAAAGUGAGAAUGACAUGAAACGUUGCCUCACCUGGUGGGAUCUUACCUGGUUUGGAUUUGGGUCCGUUAUUGGAGCAGGCAUCUUUGUGCUCACUGGCAAAGAAGCUCACGAUCAUGCUGGACCAGCUAUUGUCUUGUCGUAUGUUGCCUCAGGUAUUUCGGCAAUGCUUUCUGUAUUCUGCUAUACAGAGUUUGCAGUAGAGAUCCCAGUGGCAGGUGGAUCAUUUGCUUAUCUAAGAAUUGAAUUAGGAGAUUUCGUGGCAUUCAUCACAGCUGGAAACAUACUUCUUGAAAGCAUCGUUGGAAGUGCAGCAGUUGCCAGAGCAUGGACUUCUUACUUCACAACUCUCCUGAACCGUCAACCAAACUCACUACGUAUCCAUACAAAUUUCAGAAAGGGAUAUAAUCUCUUGGACCCCAUUGCAGUUGCAGUUUUGGCAAUUUCUGCAACCGUUGCAAUGAUCAGCACAAGGAAAACUUCACAAUUAAAUUGGAUAGCAACUGCACUGAAUACUGUCAUAAUCUUGUUUGUGAUAAUUGCAGGGUUUGCUCAUGCCAACACAUCAAAUUUGACACCGUUUUUGCCUGAAGGAGUCAAAGGGAUCUUUGAAGCAGCUGCUAUUGUUUACUUUGCUUAUGGUGGAUUUGAUAACAUUGCCACCAUGGCUGAAGAAACAAAAAACCCAUCAAGAGACAUACCUUUAGGGUUACUUGGAUCAAUGUCAAUCAUUACUGUCAUAUAUUGCUUGAUGGCACUCUCCCUAAGUACGAUGCAAAAAUACAGCGAUUUAGAUCCAGAUGCUGCUUAUCCUGUGGCAUUUCAGAGUGUAGGAAUGAAAUGGGCGAAGUACCUAGUAGCUCUUGGUGCCCUUAAGGGGAUGACCACUGUCCUUCUGGUAGGGGCACUUGGACAGGCACGAUAUACUACUCAUAUUGCACGAGCACACAUGAUCCCUCCAUGGUUUGCACUUGUCCAUCCAAAAACUGGAACUCCAAUAUAUGCCACGCUUCUGAUAGCUAUUUCAAGUGGUCUCAUUGCCUUCUUUUCAAGCUUGGAUGUCUUGGCAAGCUUGCUAUCUGUGAGCACUCUAUUUAUAUUCAUGAUGAUGGCUGUAGCACUUCUUGUGAGGAGAUACUAUGUGAGGGACAUCACACCACAUAUAAACCUCCAGAAGCUUGUACUAUUCCUGCUUAUAAUUAUUGCUUCCUCAAUGGGAACUUCAGCCUACUGGGGACUAAGGCCUAAUGGAUGGAUGGGAUACAUUGUCACAAUUCCCCUUUGGUUCCUCGGAACUAUGGGGAUGUCAAUAUUUCUGCCCCAGCAGAGGACACCUAAAGUUUGGGGGGUUCCACUGGUUCCAUGGUUUCCAUCAUUGUCAAUUGCAACAAAUAUCUUCCUGAUGGGGUCUUUGGGAUCUGAGGCUUUUAUAAGGUUUGGAAUCUGUACAGUAGUAAUGCUGGUUUACUACAUUCUUGUUGGUCUCCAUGCAACUUAUGAUAUGGCCCAUCAACAACAAAAGCUAGAGGCCCUGAAGGUUAAGGAUGAGGAUGAAGCAGGGAAAGCAUAGGCUUAGUUUAUCAUGUUCCACUGUCCAACACUCUCUUCUGUCAAGUUGAUUGUGUUGCACCAUCUAAAGUAGGAUUUUCAUAAUGUUCAAUGCUGCUGUCAUCAGCUAUGAGUCCUCUGUUUUACAGUUAAGAUCAAAUCAUUAUAAAUGUUACUCCCCAAAAAAAUCUACUUGUAUGAAACAAUUAAAAGCAUGACUCAAUAAAAUAUAUUCAGGCAGCAAAAAAUAGUACUUCGCCUUCAGGACAUUGGAAUCAUUUUCUGCAUUUAGGCACCAAAAUAAUAAUUUUAUGCAGCCUUUUAUUUAGUCAAUUGCAGUUUCCAUCUAUGCAUG